AUGAACAAAUUUGAAGAUGAAUUAAAAUAUGCACAAAAUGCUACUAAUAAUGAAUUUUUAUCUUGGUUAUAAAAUAUCAGUUACGAACUUAUUAAUUAAAAAGAAUAUUCAUAUAGCUAAGAAUUUUUCAGAUCUCAAUAAAAUGUAUAUGAACUUAUAUUCAAAUAAAAUGGUAUUUUGAAUAAUAGUUUUCGCACAACUCAAUAAAGAUAUAGCUCUGUUGAAGACACAUUUUUCUUCAUAAAACUGAUGAAUUUACUUUCUCCUAAUGAAAUGUCAUUUUAUUAAUCAUUGCCCUCUGAACAUCCUUAUCACCCUUUAUAAUUAGAAGUAUUACCUGCACAUAUUUAAUUAUAUUUUAAAGAUCCAUCAAUAGCUAAUGUAAAUUAGCAAUUUUAAUCAUUUUAAGAUAUAUUUUAGGAGAAUAUUUUAGUUGAAAAAAAAUAACUAAAAUUCUGUGUUAGUGCUAAAAUGAUGUUUUGGAUUUAUUUAUUAAAUGGCGCCACAAAUUUUAAGGAUAGUGCUUUAUUUGUUACUGAUAAUAGUCAAAAAUUAUUAGAUUGCGCUUUAAAUAAAUUCAAAAAGAAAUUCAACACAAAGGAUCCCUUAUUAAAAUUACUUACUUUUAAUCCAUACUUAGUUAUUAUUAGAAGAAUUUUAGAAAAUAUGUACAUGAAAAUUAGAUAAAAUAAUUAAAUAUUAAGUCAUUCAAAUAAAUAAUUGGCAAUAUUUACAUUUUAAUAGAUGAUUAUACUUUUAUAAGAAUAUUCAUUAUAUGAACACUUAUUUGUUACUAAAUUAUUUGAAUUAAAUUUAAAUAUAGAUCAAUAGAAAUUAUUAUACAAAAUUAAGCCAAGCAGCAUAGUCUUAGAUACUCAAAUGAUGUUAAUUUAUUUAACAAUUUAUUUUAAUUCGUUAUACGGAUCUGAUUUAGAAACAAUUUAUUAAUAAUUUAAACCAUUUUUAAGAAAUUCUGAUAUUUUUAACAAACAUAGUUAAUUUAUCUAUUAAAAUAGAAGCUUCUUUUUUGAAUGUGGAAGAUAAAAACAAUAAAUAACUUACUAAUAAGGUUUAUACAAGUUCUUUUAGCAUUCUUUUGAAAUUUACCCAAAUGAGAGGUAAUGUAAUUAAAUUAGUUUAUAUUCUCAUAUGGCAGCUUAUGUGAUAUUUUUAAGAUGGUAAUUUGUUAAAUAUGAAUCAUGCAUUUAUAAUCAGGUUUUAAUUUUUGAUUAAGCACUUUAAUCUUGUGUAGCAUCAUAAAGUAUAAUUUUGAGCCAUCUUUAAAAAAAGAGAGACUUUUCUUCUAAAAUUAAUAAUCCAUUAAUCAGAUUUUUCAUAAAUGAACUAAAUCCUAUAUAUUAAAUGUGUUAAAAUAAAUUUGGGGAUUAUCCUCAAGCAAUUUUAUUUAAAGAAUUUAAACCUAAUAUGGUAGAAUAAAGAUUUAAUAUAUUUGAUUAUUAACCAGAUUGUCAUACAAGAGAAUCAGAAUCCUAAAGAAAUUAGAUGAAAAAUUCUAUAAGACUCUAUUAUCCUUUUUAUACAAAAUUACUUAUUACUAUUUUUUAGUGUUUAAGCAAUUUAAACUAUGUUAAUGAUUCAGAAUAUUAAGGAUUAAUCCAUUUAUUAUCAUUUUUAUAUUCUAAUGAUUAAAAUUCCUUCUUUUGUGACUCUUUGAAAUUUCUAAAUUAAAAACCAUUUUAAAUACCAGCAUAUUCAGAAGUUAAGAAUUUUUGUGACAUGUAUGUGAAAAAUAGUAAUGAAGAAGAAUUCUUAAUAAAAUAAAAUGAAAAUAUCUAAAGUUAUGCGUUUUAAAUAAUUUAAUUAUUGAAAUCAUAUCAAUAAAGAAAAAAUCUAAAAAAUGAUAAAAUAAUAGAAUAUUUGGGUUAAUAAUUUAAUAUUUAAACAGCAAAAAUAAAUGUAAUUCCUAUUACAAAUAUGAGUCCUUAGAAAAGCAUAGGUCGAUUAUCAAGACCUAGAAUGUAAAAAUAAUAUAUAAUUAAUUAGUAUAAUUAAUGAAUGGAAGGCUCCCUUAAGAGAUUUCGAAAUUUAUGUUUUUUUUAUUAUUAUGUGGUAUCUGAGUUUAGGAUUGGAUAGACUAAAAGGAAAACCUUAAAGCGAUUUUCCAUAGACUCAAUGGCCUAGAAAAUUUGCAUCACCAAUCAAUUUAUUUAUAGUUUCUAUAAUCAUUUAUGGUCUUCUAACAAUCAUUUUCAAGUUCAUAUGA